AUGUCCAACACGACUUUCUCGCUCUGGAUCAUCAACAAGGCGGGCGGAUUAAUCUAUCAGAAGACAUACGCCGAGGGCCUGCUGCCCCAGCUGACUUCGAACGACUACCUCGUCCUCGCUGGAACGUUCCAUGGAAUCCAUGCCAUCACCUCCAAGCUCUCGCCCGUCCAUCCAUCCGGGGGAGGAGUGGAGACCGUCGAAGCCGAGACAUUCAAGAUGAGCUGCUUCCAGACUCUCACCGGUACCAAGUUCGUCCUCUUCACUUCCCCCUCUCACCCAUCCCCUUCAAGAUUACUCUCCAGAAUCUACGGCGUCUAUGCCGAUCUGCUCAAGGACCCUUUCUACUCGGUCGAAAACCCAAUCAGAAAUGAGACGUUCGAUAAACGUUGUCAGUCGAUUUGUAGUACUCUCUAG